AUGGGAGCCAAUGAAUCAGCAUCUGCAGAUGAUCUCCUCAACCAAGAGGCCCACCACUGGUACACAAAAUUUAUGAAGGAGUGUCCAUCAGGGCAACUGAGCCUUCAUGAAUUCAAGGCGCUUCUGGGUCUGCAUGGUUUGAAUCCGCAGGCAAAUCAUUAUGUUGAUCAAGUGUUCAAUACUUUUGACUUGAACAAGGAUGGCUUUAUUGACUUCUUGGAAUUUAUAGCUGCAAUAAAUCUGGUUAUACGAGGGAAAAUUGACCAGAAAUUGAAAUGGUAUUUUAAGCUAUAUGAUGCUGAUGGAAAUGGUACGAUUGACAAAAAAGAACUCGUAAGCAUAUUCACGGCUAUUCAGGCCAUCAAUGGCAACCAAGAAAUGUCUCCUGAAGCGUUCACCAACAUGGUAUUCCAGAAGAUAGAUAUCAACGGUGAUGGUGAACUGACUUUAGAAGAGUUCAUUAGUGGAGUGGAAAGUGAUGAGACUCUCCUGGAAAUGAUUUCAAAGAGCUUUGACCUUUCCAAUGUACUGAAAGUUAUACAGAGUGGAAGAAGACACAGUGUCUGAGACUUUUGGCUGGUAAAUUGGCCUUGUGAUAAGAAGAACAAUACAAGGGACCUGUUAAAUAUCAUGUUACAUUUC